GAAACUGCCGCAGACAAAUUUCACCUCAUAACUAAUGAUUUUGCUCUAUAUAUAAGGUCAAAAUUUGAUUAGAUAAUACUAGAUCCACAAAAAUAAGGUGAACUGAAAGCCCUAUAAGAUUUUCCAAUAAGUAAAUUCCAGACAAUAAACCAAGUAAAUCGAAUAAGUACAUCGAAUGAGUUGACAUUUGCAAAAUCACGAGUACUGUAAUAAAAAUAAAAACACAAUUGCAAAAAACACAAUGGUAAUUGGGCAGAGCCUCCUGUCUUCUUCUUCCUCAACCGAAUGAACUUCAACUUCUCCGCCUAAAUCCUACUACCAGAACCCCAACUAACCCUAACAAAGAUUAAACCCUGAAAAUAAAAAAUCUCAAUCUUCAAUUAAACCCUAACAAAAUUCACAAAUCAACUGAAAAUCAGUGUAAAAAAUGUCACUAAUUUUUCAAAAUCCCUUAUCCAAUGCCACUUAUCGAGUAAAAUUCUACUCCCCCAAGAACACCACCCACCUCAAUUCCACCAAAACCCUCAAAUUCUCUCUCUUCCAUAAUCAAUCCUUGCAAAAUAACGACUACCCAUUUCAUAAAAACUUAUCCUUGUUGCGAAAUCGUCUUUCUCUCAUCAAAGUUCAUGAUUCUUCCAUUAAUGCUUUUCAGGAAGAAGAUAAUUCGAUUCAAUUGUUUAAUUUGGAUGGUUUUCUGUCUUUCUUGGAAUCGAUUUGCGUAAUUUCUGCAGUAUUAAUUUCAGUGGGAUGUUGGGGUUAUCGGGUUUUUUACAAGCAGCAUACUUCUGGGUUACUGGCGGUGGGAAGCAGACUUUUGGUGUGGCUUCUAGCUGUGGCUGUAGCUGUUGGUUCCGUGAUCCGGAGGCGGCAAUGGAAGCGGGUGUGUGGAUCGCCCAUGAACUCGAGACCGGGUUCCGAAACUGGAAAUGUGAUUGACAGGAUUGAGAAAUUGGAGGAAAGUAUGAGGAGUGCUACUUCCAUCAUUAGGAUGCUAUCUAGGCAGCUUGAAAAAUUAGGGGUUCGGUUUCGGGUCACUAGGAAAUCCUUGAAGGAUCCCAUUUCUGAGACUGCAGCUCUGACUCAGAAGAAUUCCGAAGCCACUCGUGCUUUAGCAGUUCAAGAAAGCAUCCUAGAAAAGGAGCUUGGCGAAGUUCAAAAAGUUUUGCUUGCAAUGCAGGACCAGCAGCAAAAACAGCUAGAGUUGAUUCUUGCAAUUGCAAAGAGUGGAAAGUUAUUCGAAACCAAACAAUCACCAAGUCAGACGAGUGUGAAUAAAACAGUUCCAGAUAAUGGUUUGAAACAAGUGGAUGGGCAACAAAUCCAGGCAACAGCAGUGCAAACAGGGGCAAGUAAUGACAGAGCAUCAGGAUCAUGAAGUCGAGAAUUCUUGUCGUUAACAUCUAAUUAUUGUCAGGCUGUCUUAGGAUGGACUAAGCAAGUGAAAGCAAUCUCAAAUCCUUGAACAUUUUUGUCGUGACACAAUCAUUCAGGGCUAUUGUUUGGAAGGAAUUAGGGCUGAAAUUAAGUGGAAACCUCGCACACUUCACUAGUCGUUGGUGGUUGCUGCCUAUAUUUUCCACCCAUUUGUAAUGUACCAUUUGAGGCAUUAUUGUGAGGGUAAUGCUGACUGUAUACUGUUGUGACCAAUAUUAAGUUCUCUGUAGAGUCCGACUCAAUUUCAUUGUACCGAAUAAAAGGAAUAAUGUAAGCAAAUUGUUUUGUUGAGAUAUCUUUGUUGAAUAAAUCCUUUCUUCGAGCUUGUGAGUAA